CAGGCUCUGGCUCUGGACUCCAGCGCAGCAUCCUCGCUGCAGCCGCUACCGCUGCUACACCUGGUCAGGCAGUCUCGUUGCUGGAGAUGACUGUCAGCUGUUUUCCCUGCAGAGCCACCGUCGCAUGCCCCACCGCCGGAGCCUGGGAAGCUUGACCACAGACCAGCAUCUCCGAGGCAUGAAUAAUUAGGUAGGCAUAAUGGAAGGCACUCACUGCACCCUCCAAUUGCGUAAGCCCAUUACCGAACUCUGCUGCAUCAGCUUCCAUCUUCCGAGGGGGGAAGUCAGAGGAUUUUCAUACAAGGGCACCGUGACCCUAGACAGAUCCAACAAAGGGUUUCACGACUGCUACCAAGUCAGGGAGGGGUCCGACAUCAGUAUCCUCAGCCUGCAGCUGAAUGAACAUCCAGGCGACAUAUUUUUCAAGCAGAUUCCCACAAAAGACAUCCUGAAUGAGCUGUACAGACUCACAGCUGAAAGGGAGCGACUGCUGGCCAAUCUGCUGAGCUCAGACCACAUCCUGGGGAUUACGACUGGGAACCAGAAGGAGAAGCUGCCGGGGCUGUCUGUGAGCCUGGCCCCCGAGGACGACUACUUCCAGAGUGCCGGCGCCUGGCUCGGGGAGCCCUCCGUGGGCUGUCUCAAUAAGCAGAGCUCCCACGGGAACGAAAAGACUCAGAGGUUUGGCGGGAGGAAAGAGAGCUUGGAGGUGCUCUCUCAAAGCUCCCCGCAGAAGUGGACAAGAAGAAAGGGGCCUGGGGGCCAGGAGUUGUCUCCUCAGAUGGGGAAGGACCAGAUCUGUUCCAGCAACCUCCUUCCUCUUUCUCGAACAAGGCCUCAUCUUCAGCUCCUAGAGGAGAGAGGGAACUUGCUCCCAAAUGGGGCACCCACCUCUUCGCUGCAGAGGAUUGAGAGCUACCCCAGCACACUGGAUGCCGACCUUGGCUUGAGGAGCUUCAAGAAGGCUUCCAGAGAUGCCGGGCUUGGAAGAGGAGGGCUGUCCCCUGACUGCAGCUCCACAAAGCCAGGAAAUGAUGGUGCCAGGGGGCCAAAGAGGGGUCUCCGCAGGCCGGCACAUCUGCAAAUGGGCUCAUCUGGAAGCUGCAAGGAGCCUGAGACGCAUCCGGAGAGGAGAGAGAAGUCUGCUGAGAGGACUUGCAGGAAGAAGCCUGUUUCCAGAGUGGUGGCCAGGGUUCAGGAUCUGUCUGCUCCAGUGCAACGAGUAGUUAAAACACAUCCCAACAGUAAGAAAAGGAUUGCCGUUUGCCCGGCAGCCCCAGCCGAGUUCAUACCCAGUGCAGACUUGCUCAGUUUCCCUGGAGCUGAGGCUGGGGCUGCAGGUUCCAGGUUGGGGGGCAAGGAGCAGCGAGGGGCCAGGUCCUGGCAGCCAUCGGCCCAAGAAUGUCCCCCAGCUGGCACCGAGGGGGCCGUGAACAAGGUCCUCCUGAAGGUGAUAGAGAGCGAGAAAUUAGAUGAAGCCACCGAGGGGAAAAGAUUGGGCUUCCCCUGCAGCACGACAGCCACCCACACCCUCCAAGAAACCGGCAACAGGAGGAGAGCUGGGCUGCUUCUGCGUAGCCACAAAACCUUGUUUCUGGAUCUGCCCCAUGGCAUAGGCCCCAACUCCUUACCACCUGGAGGUGAUGAGAAGAGGCUGCCCGCCCCAGCCCUGGCAGCUCCCAGCACGGCGCUUAAUAAUUCAUCCUUCCCAUCCAGUGCGCACAAACGGGUGUCACCUGUUCCCUCGCCUCUGUCUCCCAGGCUGUCCAGCCCUCAGCAGCAUCACAGGAUCCUCCGGCUGCCUUCACCACCAGGGGAGAGGGAAGCCACUCUUGAUGACUCUCUGGGGAGGAAGAGUGGUGCUUUCUCUGGGUCCCCCUCUGCUGACACCUUGGAGCCACCGUCCUCUGCAAAGGGGGUCACGGAGACCGAAGGAGCCAGCUCGACCUCCCUCAGAGUGGGCCAACCUCGGUUGGUGCCUGGGGAACCUCUGGAUAAGACCUUGGGGCCCAGGAAGACCACAGCUCAGCCCCGGCACCGGUCACCUCCAGGCAUCUCCUCUGAGGGCUUUCCCCGGGACCGCUUUAAUGAGCAGACGGCAGCUAAAGACCUUCUCAGCAGAGAUGGAGGUGCCUGGGUCCUGGCCUACAGAGCAGGGCCAGCCUGUCCGUUUCUGCUCCACGAGGAAAGAGAGAAGCCAAACAGAAGCGAGUUGCACUUGGAUCUUCAUCCUGACCACAGCCCCACUGAGCAGGAUGAUAGGACUCCUGGCCGACUCCAAGCUGUCUGGCCACCCCCGAAGACAAAAGACACAGAAGAAAAAGUGGGAUUGAAGUACACUGAAGCAGAAUACCAUGCUGCUAUUUUACAGCUGAAGAGGGAGCACAAAGAAGAAAUCGAAAACCUGCAGGCUCAAUUUGAGCUUCAAGCCUUUCAUAUUCGGGGUGAGCAUGCAGUGACCACAGCGAGACUAGAAGAAACCAUUGAAAAUCUCAAAUACGAGAUAGAACACCGAUGGCGAGGAGGAUGUGAAGAGAUGAGAGAUGAGUGUAUCUCCACGGACGAUGACUGCCCUCCAAAGAGCUACAGAAAUGUGUGCAUCCAGACAGACAGAGAGACCUUCCUCAAACCCUCUGAGGGUGAAGGCAAGACAGCCAGAAGUAACCAGAUAAUACCCAAAAAGCUGAAUAUCCCCUCUUUAAGCCAACUCUCUCCCCCAAAUGACAACAGAGACACCCACGGACCACUUCAGGCUGCGGAAGUCAUCUCAUCGAGUCAGCAGAAGGCAACACCUGCCCCUCCUGCGCCGCCCUUGCCGCCUACCAUCCCUCUCCCUCCUCCCCUCCCACCUGGACUUUGCCCUUUGCCCCUGGCACCUCCACCACCACCUAUGAGUGCUGGGCCACCACCACCUCCACCACCUCCUCUGCCUCCAAGUGCUGGACCGCCCCCACCCCCUCCCCCUCCGCUUCCUGACUCCACCACCCUGCCCAGCAGCGGGGGGCCUCCUCCUGCCCCACCUCCUCCUGGCCUCUUCUCCGGAGUCAGCCUUUCUUCUAGCCAGUGUCCUCGGAAGCCGGCCAUUGAACCCAGUUGUCCCAUGAAGCCUCUGUACUGGACUCGGAUACAAAUAAGUGACAAGAGCCAAAAUUCUGCACCAACCUUAUGGGAUUCCUUAGAAGAACCUGACAUUCGGGAUACUAGUGAAUUUGAGUAUUUAUUCUCCAAAGACACGACUCAGCAGAAGAAAAAGCCUCUGUCAGACACCUAUGAGAAAAAAAACAAGGUCAAAAAGAUCAUCAAGUUAUUGGAUGGAAAGCGAUCUCAAACUGUGGGAAUAUUGAUAUCCAGUUUGCAUUUAGAAAUGAAGGAUAUCCAGCAGGCCAUUUUCAGCGUGGAUGACUCUGUGGUUGAUCUAGAGACCCUAGCAGCCUUAUAUGAAAACAGAGCCCAAGAGGAUGAACUGGUUAAAAUAAGAAAGUAUUACGAGACAUCCAAAGAGGAAGAAUUGAAGUUGCUGGAUAAACCUGAGCAAUUUCUGCAUGAGUUGGCCCAGAUCCCUAAUUUUGCUGAACGUGCCCAGUGCAUCAUCUUCAGAUCUGUCUUCUCUGAGGGUAUCACUGCCUUGCACCGGAAGGUAGAGAUCAUCACCCAGGCUUCUAAGGGUUUGCUGCACAUGAAGAGUGUGAAGGAUAUUUUAGCUCUCAUUCUGGCUUUUGGAAAUUACAUGAAUGGAGGAAAUAGGACUCGGGGCCAAGCAGAUGGAUACAGCUUAGAAAUUCUGCCCAAACUCAAGGACGUCAAAAGUCGGGAUAAUGGGAUUAAUCUGGUGGACUAUGUCGUGAAGUACUACCUGCGUUACUAUGAUCAGGAAGCAGGAACGGAAAAGAGCGUUUUCCCCUUGCCCGAGCCACAAGAUUUCUUUCUGGCCUCCCAAGUCAAAUUUGAAGACCUUAUAAAAGAUUUGAAAAAACUGAAGAGACAACUAGAAGCAAGUGAGAAACAGAUGGCGGUGGUGUGUAAGGAGUCGCCGAAGGAGUAUCUGCAGCCGUUCAAGGACAGACUUGAAGAGUUCUUCCAGAAAGCAAAAAAAGAGCAUAAAAUGGAAGAAAGUCACUUGGAGACUGCACAGAAAAGUUUUGAAACAACAGUGGGAUAUUUUGGGAUGAAGCCAAAGUCUGGUGAGAAGGAGAUCACACCCAACCACGUGUUUAUGGUGUGGUACGAGUUCUGCAGUGACUUCAAGACAAUUUGGAAACGGGAGAGUAAAAACAUAUCUAAAGAAAGGUUGAAAAUGGCUCAGGAAUCAGUCAGCAAGUUAACAUCAGAGAAGAAAGUAGAGACGAAGAAAAUCAACCCCACGGCUAGUCUGAAAGAAAGACUGCGUCAGAAGGAAGCCAGCGUGAGCUCCAGCUAAAACAGAGGCACAGAGAAAUGAUGACGGCGAGACAGAGGACCUUGCGUGGUCCUUUGUAACACCAGAGCUACAGGAAGUUCUUGAAAGAUAUGUUACUAAUAUGUGUCUUUUGCUCCUCUUUUCUGAGGUCACUGGCAGUGAGCACCUCGUGCCUUCUUAAGGAAGCCCCUUGUUAAACCAUAAGAACAGUGAAAAUCUGCUGAUGGAAACAUUGCAGGAUUUUUGAUAACUGUUUGUUGUAGAGGUCCAAAGUCCGCUCUGUUAUAAGACCAGAAGAAACACCAAGCUUUUCCAUUUCUUUUUAAAGCAGAGAUACCAAGCUUUCUAACCCAAGCCUGAUACAUGUAAACUUGUGAUAGAAGAAGAAAAGGAUCUUUUUUUGACGAUUGCCUUGAGCAAGUUCAAGCCUUGGUCUGUACACGCUGCUGGUUUGAUUACUGAUCUUAGUUUUCACCCUACUGCAGCCAGAUCCUGAUGUGCCCUCCUCGCCAAAAAUGUUGAAAUUUACUCAACUAUUUUUUAAGAGGUCCAAGACUAUGUAUUUCCCAGACUGGAGGAAUGGAUAUUUUUUCCAUUUUUUUCAUGUAAUAGAAAAGACAGAAAAUGGAAUUAUAUGUGGGUGGAGAAGGGCAUUAAAUAGCCAUAACCUUCAUCCUGGAGAACAAAGUAUGAUACAGGGAGUUGACAUCAGCCAUUAGCAAGACCCGUGCUUUUGUUUUCAUAUCAGUUCAUUGUGGUUUUCUGGAUUCUCCACCUCUUCUGUCCCAGCAGAAACUGAUACCUGAGCAGGGACAGACUUAGGGUCAAAGCCCUUGCUUGGACGAGUGACCCAGUAUCAGUCAGGGCGCAUUUCACAUCUCCAGUCGUUCGUGUGUGGGUGAUGCCACACUGAUCUACAGCCGAGCUGUACGCCAUGUUCUGGGACCAUGUGUGGCUGGACCUCUCCCACCAGCUCCAGGAGGCAGUUUGUAGACAGGAGAGCAAAUGCUACGCACAGCCUUUUAUCAUGACCUUGACUGACAGGCAAGUGACAUACAGUGAAGCAGGGGUCUUUGAUGUCAAAAAAUAAUUUAGGGCAGAAAAAAAGUUCUUUGUUCCAUCAAAAUGGAAAGAAGGUAAUUACGCUGAUAUCAAACUUGGAGCGAAAUAUCAUUGCAGAAGCAGCUUUAUCUGACCCUGGAAGCCCGUGUGACCACUACCCCUUGAGUCUCAGGGAAACCACCUUGGACUGCUCUCCUGCCACUAUUACCUUCAGCCACCACUCUUCACAUCUGUCUUGCGAGGGGAGAAGAGAGGAGACUCAGGGUGAAUUGAGAUGAGGAUCAAAGACUAUCAGGUUUCAACCUUGAAGGGAGAGAGGUCCAAGCUUUCUCCUCUGAUCGGCAGAGGACGGUGUGGAGAUGUGCAGGAACCUUAAAACCCUCCCUGAUCUGGCUGCCACACGUGGCCUGCCUGUCGCCCCAGCACCUUCCCAGAUGCUCUCACCUUUCCAGGUACCUGAGUGUUCACCCAGAACAUGCCUGCUAGACAUCAGCCCCCUCAGGGACCCCAGAAUAGUUUCAGCUAAUUAAAGCAGCACCGUGUCCUAACACCAUGUCCGUCCUGGGAGUCAAGAAUGCACAGUCAGGGUCAGAUCAAGUCAAGAAGCCAUAUUCAUGUAGGUGCUACCACCUUUUCUGACAAUCCAAAAGAAAAGAAUAUAAUACUGUGGUGUGGUUUUUUUUUCCACCCCCAAAUAAAAGGAUAAGACAAGCCAACACAGAAGAACCAGUAAGAACUUACAUGACUUAGAAGAAGUUGCUUGUGAGCAAGCUUUUCAUACGGCCUUCUUAGAAUAUUUCUCUUCAUUUUCACUGAACUGUGAAGAAAGCCUAACAAAUUUCUCAAUUUAAAACAAAUGCUCCUUACAGCCACCCCGUGCUCUGUGACAUUCCUUCUAGUAUUACCGUCCAAAAGAAAAGAAACGCCUGUUUUGCCCAGGCCUUGGGCAUCAACUUUGAGCUCAGAGAACAACAUUAAGUCUAGAUCCUUUCGAGUCCUUAAAGACUUGAUGGAAGACGGCAGCGGGCAGCUCUCACUGGGAUCCAUGAAGGCCACUUCAGGUCUCUGAGUAGGAUGCUCACAAGAAAACCACUGGACAGAAGCAGGACUGGCACUUUGGCCACAUGACCCUGCAAGACCAUGCUCUCAGGGACCCAGUGCUGAAGAAUAAGGAGUGCAAACACUGAGUUUGAGAAUUAGACAAGUGCAGCCCAAGUUGGGUUUCAUCCUCGUGGACAGACUAGAAACUGGCAGUAAAAUACCUAAAGAGCGCAGCUUGCCUACCUCUCUGCUGGGGAAGCCCAGCGAGUCCAGUGUGUGUGAGUGUAUUAAGACACCGUGGCAGGAUCCCCACUGUCCUCACCCAGUUUGUAUCUUGCGUUGUGUGUCUGGACGCCCCUCCCGAGUCCACACGUGGACUGCUUUGGGACAGCACCCUCAUUCCUAACUUGAUGCCAGGUAAAGGUUUACAAGAGUCUGCUCAAGGUGGGCCGUCUAAAACAACCUGCCAGCCCUUAAAACGAUCCCUCCCAAUCGCAGCUGAGAUUGUGUUAACUGCAGAGGUAUCUCUGAGCUUCUCAUGGGGAGGAAGUAGCUGGGGUAGCACUGAGCAUCUUGGGCACUUCUGGCCAGCAGGGUCAAAGUGGCUGUUCCAAGCACAGCCCUGCCUGAGCGAGAGGGACAGUGGCCAGUAUUUCUACUGUGUGUUUAACCAGACACUCACACUUGACUUAUGAGUCAGACUCAGAGAAACCUUAGCUUAUAAACAACAUCAUCUCUUCCUAGCCAGGACUCAUUAAAUCUGAGGACAUAGCAGAGAGCAGUUCAGAGUCUCGCAUGAGUAACUGGCAUAGGCAUCGAGCACACAAGCACAUUGUGUGCUGCACGGAAGCCUGGUGCAAACACAUUAGGCUAAAAACAGGUCUGUGAGGCAUCAAAAAUCAGGUGCGGAGGUGUGCUGUGUGGCUUUUUAACUCAAAAAGAGGCAGCUUACAGGAGGGGGCGUGGCUAAGGGGAACGGUGGCCAAGAAGAAAUGGAUGGUACGAUGAUGGUGAAGGCCCAGGGGUCACAGGUCGGGGACCUGCUGCCCAGCAGUUGCCUUCUGAAUCGUUGGGUUGAUGUCUGUGCUGUCUCUUUAAACAUUCACUGCAACCACCUAGGAACUAUGAAGAAAGAGUUUCUGAAAUCUGGGAGGUAGAAUUAGGAGAUCCAGUGGUGCUCCUCCAUCUUUAAAUGUUCUUGCUGUAACGAAUUGGCAAUGUGGUUGAGGAACAGAAUGCCAGACUGGGUGCUGGUCUCCGACCCCUCCUCUUCCCAGUAAGGACAGUAGAAGCUACACACCUGCUGAGCCUCUCUUAGGUACCUCCUUUUCUCAUAAGGACCAUAAGGAAAGGCAUUUCCCUAAAUGAAACGCUCAUAUGCUGCUGGUAGAAAAACCGGAAACACUAAAGGAAGGAAUAAAACUCUUUGAUACUGGAAACCUCCAGCCAGAUGAAGAAGUCAUCGGUAUGGUCCUUCCAAGACCAUGAUCAGAUGUAGCAAGAGAUGUGUAAGUGUAUUUUUGGUAAAGGUUUGCCUGUUGGACUGGGAUUGCGUCUCUCUCUCUCUCUUGAUUAUACUACUAUAUAGGGGAAUUUUCAUUUUAUUUCUAUUCAGGCUUUCUCGGACAUCAUAUUUUCUCAUUUCUAUUUCUACUUCCUUCUCGCCUUGUGUCAUGGGUGCAGAUCAUUGUAUACGGCAGCCCGGCAAACAGUGCCUCAUCAGCCAGCCCUGAAGAGGGAUUAGCAGUGCAGAUCUGUGGGCUCUUUCGCAGGAACCAGACUUAACGUUGGCCUGGGAGGCUCUUCAUUCCCUGACAUUCUGAUUGAUCUCUUUUGUAGUACUCCCCACCCCUCCACCCAAACAAAGAGAAAACCAGUUUGGGGCUUUCUGUGUCAAGGGGAAGGAAGAACUUCAAAAAAUAUAGCCCCCCCCCAAAUAUCUAAUGCAAAUAUCAAAUAUCCAAUUUUAUAAAUUGUCUAAAAAUUGCUAACAAGAACUGUUAGAUGUGAGCUUCAUUUUUUUUUUUUUGAUCCUGCCUACCUGUUCUAAUCAGAAAGAAAAAAAAAAUGACCAAAAGGUGAAAGGGAAAAAGCAGCAACAGAUUUGGCAAUCCACAAAUGAAUUACUUCCUGAACCAUCAGAAGGCGGUGGGUACAUAUUGUGAAACCCAGUGUUGUAGAAGUCCUAGGCACGUAAGAAUUUGAAUAGCUAUGAGGGCUGAUGAGUGUAGACAAAGUAAGAGCUAUCUAAUGCCCACUUGAGACUUCAGCCUAAACCGGGCAAUUUUUAGAGUGUGUAUUCGAGAGAGUCAAGUAUUGCUUUGAACAGUUUAUUUUUGGAAAAGCCACAUACAAGGAGAAGUGGUGUAAUUUAAGUGGAAGCAGUUGCUAGACCAUUAUAAUUUCCUACCUCUGGUUCUCUUGCAAGAGCAGUUUAUAAAUGUAUGGACCAUCCAGAAGACCAUGAAUACCCCUUUUCAUAUGUUAUGUUAGGUUUGUACCUUAGGGACACAACUGAAGAGAGUGGAUUGAAUAAAGAAAUGAGUUUCAUUCAUGUCAGCUACUUUGUCAUCAUAAAGAAAUCUGCAGCCCAGGAGAAAUGAGUCUGUGUGGCCAAACUUAACAGUAUUUGAAAGGAAUGGCUAGUUUUUAACCUUUCCAAAAUGCUUAUAACUCGUUGGACACAUUUCCAUUUUCCAACUCUGGAGAGAGACAAUCUGGCUGCUUGGAACCUUGUCUGUUAUUGGUGCAGAAUUCACUUAAAGGCACCUUUAAAAAUAGGCCUCGGCAGGUCUGGCUCCUUUAGACUCACAGAACGGUAUUUAUAACUCCGUUAGUGAGUUGAGGCAUCGCGGGUCUUAGUGACACAGCUGUAUGUGACUGAGAGGCUCAUUCUGUGACAUUUCUGCACACCCGCCGGUUGUUGACACCUUGUUAGAGCCCUCGAAUCGUAUUUUCACAGUUGUCCGCUUCCCCUCCCAAGGAGUGGGCAAUCUCCCAAACCCUCCCAGAUCAGCGCUUUGCUGGGAAGCAGUGGAUUCAGGAAAGAUUUUAACGUGUCAGACUUGAAGCCAGUUCAGUAUCUUAUUUGUUCCAAGACCCUUAAUCAGCACUGUGAUAUAAACUUAGCAUUUGGGAAAUAUGUGCAGUUGACAGCUUACCUGGAAAUGUGACGAUAAGGAAAUGGCAGCGAGCUACCUGUCUCUUAAGCCCCUGUGCAGUUUCUCCCAACAAAGAGAUGAGGGAAGCCAAUGGAGCCUCACUGAGUCGGUGGUCCUGUCCUCACCGGAGCUUACUGGAGCUUACUCUUCCUCUCUGUCCCCAGCCCCUCUCCCAGCCACCUUGGUGGUAAACGGUAACACAGAGGACCUUUUUUUUCUUGUCCUUCCCUUCUCUAGUAUGAUGGUUCGCUUCAGUCAGAGCUCAAACGAAUUCUUACAUAUUAUGUCAGUGAAGUACUUGUUGGUGAAUAUCUUCUUCAUCCUAUGAUCUGCGGGAGACUGAUUUAAUCUCGUUUUUUAAAUGAAAGCGGUUGCCAAAGCCAUUAAUCUAUUCUUCUGCAUUCCAGCUAUGCUCAUAGAACUUGCUAUUUUUUUAAUCUCUUAAAUAUGCUAAGAAUCUCCAGUCUAUCUCCUUUUCUGAAAGCUGGUUCAUAGACCUCUGUGGGCUGUUUGCUUUUUAUGCUUUGUGUGAAAUUUGAUAGCACUGGGCUAGCCGAUGAGCCCACAAUGUUCCACAGAAAAUCACCUCCAAAAAAUUCGGCCUUCUUCCCCACGGAGGAAACAACCUCCUGUCACCCUGAGGCUGUUUUGUAGGAUGAGCAUUUCCCUAAAUUCUGUCUGUGUAGACACCAAGGGGUUCUCGUGUUUUUAAAACUGUCAGAGUAUCUUAAAAGAGGAUGAAUAUGUCUGUCCAUAUACAGUGUGAGCUGCCGGUGUGUGAUGUUACAGUUAGCGUUAUCAAGUAAGAAAUGAGUUGUUUUCAUUCCCAGUGGUUUGUCAACAUCUUUGGCAAAGUUGUACAUACUUUGCUUCAUUGAUCUCUUCCAGGGCUUGCUUUGAUUCUUGUCUCAUGGAACAAACUUUUUUUGUUGAUUCCCCUGCGUCCGCUUUCUGAAAUGAGAGGCCAAUCCUGUAGACCACAGAGCGUAAGGGGAAAUGGCUCCCUACCUCCGUGUGACUAGGAUGGGUGUGUUCAGGAAUGCACAGCUCUCUGGGAACUCUCGGGGUGGAUUUUGAAUUCCAUGUUUCUAUGAGAUGUAUAAAAAUGGGUGAAUGGCAUACAAAGAUUGUACUAUUUUCCCCAACUCAAGAGAUUAGGGGGUUCAAAAUCUUUACAUUUUAGGUAGGUUUGAGUGACGUAUAUAGAGCUCAUUUUUUUCCCCUUCUUCUUGGCAACCUGUCCCUAGCUAUCAUCUUAUUUCUUCACAUCUGACCACCAAGGCAUAAAGAAGGUGGUUUCACUUUACAUAAUUCUCUAAAGAUGUCCAUUUCCUUUCAAAACCAAUUCAUGAGUGAAGGAAACAGUCUCGUGACAAUUCUCCUCUCUGCCCAGGGUGACGCACAGGAUUUGGGGUUUACCAAAGGGAUAGGACUAUUUCAAACAGUAAUUUUAUAAUUCUACAAUUCUUCAAUUUCCCAAGACAAAAAUAAUACGACCCUACUGUUGAUAGGAUGUAUAAUCUUUGAAGAGUAUAAGUGUUAAGAAAAAAGAGCUUCCUUUAAAGAAAAAAUCUUAAGAUAUUCUUAAAAAGGCAGAAACUUCUAGAAAUUGAAUACUGCUUUAAGAUUUCUUUAGAGAGAACAUGUCCUUGAUUCAUCGCAGUCUUUCCCUGUCACUGAGUUUUAAUUUAGACUAACAUGGUGAUUUAGGGCAUCAUGCUUUGGCCUGGAAAACCCACACUGGCCUGCAUGCCCAGAACCUAAGUGAAAUCAGUCAGGGUCCUAGUAGGAAUCAGGCCUAACAGAAAUGUCAAUUAUUUCAAGUCCUUUAGGGUUUAAUUUUCUUAGCAACAUCCUGGACCCUGCUUCUGAAAAUUAACUUGACCCACGCAGUUGUGUGUCUUCAUUUUACCUUGUGAGACUACGGGUAAUGGGCUGAUGGAAAAAAACAAGAGAGGCAGGAGAGAAGGAAAACUUGAACAAGGGCGGGGUGCAGUGUUUUGCUGAUACAAUGCCUGGUUAGGGAGCUGGUGAUCACUGCUGUGGCUGCGUCAUGGGCAGCCUUUCAAAGGCAGCUCAAGGCACGUGUACGAGGGCGAUGUGAGUGCCCCGUAUCUCCUGUCGGUCCGUGCCUGACAAUGUGCUGGAAAAGCAGGGAUCCUAGUGAAACUAAAAUAACUCCAUCAAAUUUCAGAUCUAUUUCCAUGGGGUCGGUUGUCCAUGGAGCUCCCCGUUUCCUCUAUGCCUGUUUAAAAGUCCCUUUGGCAUCCAGCUUCCUUUUGCUUUUUUCCUUUCAAUCUUCUGAAUCAGCCUCCCCUUCCUUCGUACCCAACAGCUAUUUUUUCCUCACUUUACCUUUCCAGUCUCUCCAGGACCCAGCUUUCUCUGCCUCUCUCCCCUACAGACACCUGAAUGUCCCCCUGAGCCCUCCCACCCUGUGCUCCAUCCCCCAGCCCUUUGGACAGGGAGCUCUGCUGUCACCAAGAGAGACACGGCGUCGUGACUGUGUCUCUUGUUAAUGUCAGCACCACCUCAUCACUUAGGCAGAGGGGAAAAUCCAUAAAAGAAAUGGAAAAUACAUUUCUUUUUCUGUUUUAUUCUAAUUUAUUUUAAGACGGUUGAGGGGAGGGUGAUUCCAGUCUUUCUCGAUGUCUCAGAGAUUUUUUACUUUAAAAGUGUCUAAUUAGGGACUAUUCUUCUGGUAAGUGAUAAAUCAGUCCAGGUCACCAGCUAUGAUGCAUAAGACUCAAGUUUUGAAUCUCAAGUAACUUUUCUGUGCUGCUGGACAAAGCGAUUUAAUUCUUUGCAAACAUUCUGAAUCACAGGCUUUUUAUUACCAUUUGAUUCUUACUACGACCCAUGAUUCAAACAUCUUUGCGAAUCUGGAUCAGGAUGUUGACAAUUUGUGGUUAUUUUCAGAUCGAUAGUAACUGUUACACUUGUGAAAGCACUUAAAAGUAAGUACUUAAAAGGAAAGUAUAAGCAUGUCUUAAAUAGUCAACCAUUUGACCUGCGAAAAAGUUGGUUUUCUAUUUUAAGUAUUAGACCGAUCUGUGGGUGUAAUCUUAAAGGAUUUUAAGCAGUAAUGAAGACAGUUUAAGAAACGAGAAGGCACUUUAAAGACAUGAAACCUUACAUUACAUGCUCUUGGGUAUUUUUUUAAUGUAAUAAGCUAAUUGGAUUCAGGUAUUUUUUCCCUUUAAAUUUUUAAAAAUAUGUAUUUCUAAUUUGUUUGCGUAUUUAAUUUUGUCAAUGCUGAGAAAUGCUCACUAGUUGAAUUUGUAAAUGUUAUUUGCGACCAAAUGAAGUAUUUAUUUUUAAAAAGAAAGGGUGAAGGAACCAAUAUUGAUUUGUACAUAAUGAAAAUAUACAUCUGUGUAUAUAUAUAUAUAUAUUUUUCCUCCUUGACACUACUUGGUCCCCACAUCAAGUAUUUUUGUACAUUAAUAUAUAUUGGUUAGAAAAUGUAGAGUGUCUAUUCAAAGAAUUCUAUCUCUGUGAUAGAUUAUAUUUAUCCUAACCUGUUGAUACCUCUGUUAAUUUGUUUUAAGAGAUAGAACUCUAUUUUUUGGAAUUUGCAGAGAACAACAUUCAUGGCUUCCAACUGUAAAUAUGCUAAGGGUAUUUUAAUAAACCUCGGUUUCAUGUC